UCCUCCCCCACACCGAAGUGUUGGUGGGACAAAGUGGGAACUCGGUACCAUUGCGACGACGCCACCCAACCGCGCGCCGGCUGUCGAUUACUCAUCCGGCACGCUCCAAAACGGCAUAUGCAAACGGCGUCAACCGCGAACACGUGCUGCGAUGAGAAAGCAUACUGCUGCUGCGCUCUCUCGUACACUCGUAGUGUGCGGUAGUCGGGACGGCGUUACUAAUCAUGCGUUGACACCGGCGAAGGUGACAGCAGCCAUCGUUUUGUUCUCUGAGAGCGGGCUGCUUUUGCGCGCUCUCAACGGUUUUCUGCGCGCACAUGGCGUGCGGAGAUAAACAAUGCCGGCUUGUUGUGCUGCGCGUUUGGUGAGCGCGCUUGCGCGGAUGUUGCUGUUUUUGCCCGCCAAACUUCUCGCCUCUUAUAAAGCGUGCUUGCGGAAGAACAACAAUGGCGAGUUCGUCGUAGACUGCGUACCGCACCAGACGCACGAUUGGGACGCGUGGAGGAUAGUUUUUUGGGAUCGUUUCAAUCGUCGCUUCAAUCAAACAGUUUCCUUCCCCGUGGUGCUUCUACCAUGCUGCCGCUAGGAGUACGCAAUCGCUGGUGGCGGGUGGUAGCGUCGGUUGUGUUGACCCUCAGCCAGCUGACGACCAUCGAAGGGCAGAUAAGUCUAUCAUCCGUGCCGUGUGGUAGACAGCAGCAGAGGAUCGUUGGCGGAGUGAACUCGAACCGCGGUCAAAUCACGUACAUCGCCAGCCUUACCAAGCGGGGUGGACACUUUUGUGGGGCCUCGAUCGUCAACGAUCGCUGGCUUCUAACUGCCGGACACUGUGUGUGCAGUGGCGUUAAUAAGAUACUACGCGCGAACCAAAUCCAGGCCGUGCUCGGACUCUACCGCCGGUCCGAAUUCGGUGGCAAUCAAAUCGACAGCGACCCAUUCUCGGACCGUGCGUACGAGGUCGGCAUCCGGACCAUCGUGCCCCAUCCCGGGUACGUCUGCAACAAACCGUCGAACGAUAUCGCUCUGCUGGAGCUGGCCCGGCGCAUCGACUUUAGCGCAUCCGUGCGGCCAAUCUGUCUGUCGAGCGUUGCGGAUGGGUCGGCCCGCGUCGAGGGCCAGACGGCGGUGGUGGCCGGAUGGGGCUGGCAGCAGGAAAACCGCAACCUUGGCGACAAGGCGGACACGCUGCAGCGGGCGGUGGUGGAUGUGUUUCGGAACGAGGAGUGCGAAAGCAUGUACCGGCGGGGCAAUCGGUCGCGAACGAUUGCCCGGACGCAGCUGUGCGCGGGCAAGGGUACGGGCGGUGUCGAUGCGUGCUGGGCCGAUUCCGGCGGUCCGCUGGUCACGAGCGACAACGUGCUGAUUGGCAUCGUUUCGACGGGGAUCGGUUGUGCGCGGCCUGGCUUUCCCGGGAUUUACACGCGCGUUAGCGAGUACGCCAGCUGGAUCGUGACGGUGAUCGAUCGGUUGUCGCGUUGAACGGGUAAAGGCGAAUAUUGUUGCAGUAUUAUGGUUUUGGUAGUAGAAGCAAAACCAGCCCAUCUAGUCAAUUUUAUGCCAAUGCAUUUUUCAUCAUAUAUCAAGAUGAUGCUGUUUAAGAUAGUUGUAAGAUUGUUAGAAUGCUUAAAAUAAUUUAAAAUAAAAAUGAAUGUUCAACAAGCGAA